GGCACUGAACCAAUGGGUAACAGCCUGAUUAAUAUUGUAAAGGAGGGCCGGCUGGCCAGCUCUCAUCUGAAAUGUGGGUAGCAGAGUGUGACUUGAAAUUCUGGAACAGCAUAGACCCAAGAGGAUUUGAUACAGAUGAGCUGCUACAGACUCCAAAGUAACAGAUUUGCUUGUCAACAGAAUUACUAGAAUUUAGACUUUUAUGAUUCACAGAUUCACUAUAUCAGUAACUGGGCCUGUACUAGUCAGUCUUAGAACACAGUGAUGCUCACAUUCUGGAUUGUCAAAUACAGCACUAGUCGACACUUCUACAAUAGUGGCUGUAUUUCUGAAUCCAUCAAAGCAGAAAGUUAAGGGCUGUUUAAAUCACUAACAGAUGUACACUACAGUUUAAAAGUUUGGGCUCACUUAGAAAUAUCCUUGUUUUUGAAAGAAAAGCACUUUUUUUUGGUCCAUUUAACAUAACAUCAGAUUGAUCAGAAAUACAGUGUAGACAUUGUUAAUGUUGCAAAUUACUUUUGUAGCUGGAAACGGCUGAUAUUUUUUUAAUGGAAUAUCUACAUAGGUGUGCAGAGGCCCAUUAUCAGCAACCAUCACUCCUGUGUUCCAAUGGCACGUUGUGUUAGCUAAUCCAAGUUUAUAAUUUUAAAAGGCUCAUUGAUCAUUAGAAAACUCUUUUGCAAUUGUGUUAGCACAGCUGAAAACUGUUGAUCUGAUUUAAAGAAGCAAUAAAACUGGCCUUCUUUAGACCAGUUGAGUAUCUGGAGCAUCAGCAUUUGUGGGUUUGAUUACAGGCUACAAAUGGCCAGAAACAAAUAACUUUCUUCUGCAACUUUGUUCUGAAACUUGACUCCCGAUAGUCGUCUGUUCUUUCGACCAAUCAAGUGGUCGACAUUUUGGAACGUGUAUUUAUAUAUAUAUAUAUAUAUAUACACACACAUGUAACGGAUGUGAAACGGCUAGCUUAGUUAGCGGUGGUUUGCGCUAAAUAGCGUUUCAAUCGGUGACGUCACUUGCUCUGAGACCUUGAAGUAGUAGUUCCCCUUGCUCUGCAAGGGCCGCGGCUUUUGUGGAGCGAUGGGUAACGAUGCUUCGUGGGUGACUGUUGUUGAUGUGUGCAGAUGGUCCCUGGUAUGGGCGAGGGGAUGGUCUAAAUUUAUACUGUUACACACACACCCUAUGUUUUUUAAUAAAAUCAACUAUAUUAUUGUCUGAUGCUGUUUGAUGAAAUAAGACACUAAUUACUCAAGAGGGAGCCAGAGAUGAAGAGAGAAACGACUAUCCUCCUCCUGCUGGCUUUCAUAGAUUCUGCCAUUACUCUCUUGAAGUUGCCGGUAAUAGGCUACACGAGGAGUCGGCAACCUUUCUCAUGUGGAAUGCCAAUUUAUCUUACCAUUUCUAACGAACUGCUUGCCACUUAUGUUUUUCAUAUGCACUUUUUUGUGGAACAGUUUCAUUUAAUUUAUAACGCCUUUGAAUCUCAAAAUCAUUGUCAUGUGGUUAAUCAAAGUUGUAAAUGACAAUGAUACAAACCUAAAAGUAUUGCCAAUGCCAACGAUGUAAAAAUAGCCUACAUAAAGCCAACAAAUAAAAACAUUGCAGCCUGCAGGUAGAAAAUAUCUUGAUAAAAAUAAAUAUCCUAUAAAUCACAUUGGCUACACAUGGCCUGUCUGCAACGAACUUGAAACAUUGUAUCAACUAGUUGUGUCCAGCCUGAAGCUCUUGCUAGCAAACUUGGAACAUUGUAUAAAAUAUUUUGGGCACUCAGAAUUUACUGCACCAGUGAGCUCGGGACAGACACAGCUGUAUAAGAUCUCAUCAGGCAGAUCUGUUUUAUGACUUUCACACCGAGUGGUUAUCGAAAGAUUUUUCUAAUACAUUGAGGAAAUAUUGUCAUUCUCAAUGGAUGUAAAAAUAGACUUUGUUUGCUUGCUGUUUGAGGGGAAGAAAGCUCCACAGCUCAUUAGUCGUGGUGCGUUAAGCCAAUCAGAAAUACUAUCAGAUCCUCUAAUGAGAACAUUUAUAUGCCUACAUUUGUGCGCAGGCCAGGGAGCCUAUAGGCCUACUUCUAUGUGUAAUCAGGCCAGGUAGCCUAUAGGCCUACUUCUAUGUGUAAUCAGGCCAGGUAGCCUAUAGGCCUACUUCUAUGUGUAAUCAGGCCAGGUAGCCUAUAGGCCUACUUCUAUGUGUAAUCAGGCCAGGUAGCCUAUAGGCCUACUUCUAUGUGUAAUCAGGCCAGGUAGCCUAUAGGCCUACUUCUAUGCGUAAUCAGGUGCGUGUCCUUACUCAACAUUUGACCGUAGUGCUUCAAACAAAAGACAAUGGACUAAAUUGACAAAACUCGUAAAUGGAAGGAAAUAAACCAAAACUUGUUUCUCACAAGUGUAGCAUAGGUUGUGGGCUCUGCAAACAACAUGUCCACUCUGACAAUGAGAAUGGUAAAAGACUGGACUAAUAAUAUAUUGAAUGCAUUAACAGAAAUUACCAUAACCAUACAAACAUUGUAAAUUAGGAGUUGUUGGUAAAUGUAGGCUACUACUGGUUAUAUGUAAUGGGGAAUUGAUAGACACUAACAAUCAAGGCAAACGAUUCACACAAUGAGGUUAUGAAACAAUGAACGUGCACAAAUUGGCGGGUGAGAUACUUGUGUUGUGCAUCUUAGCCACACUCCCCUUCUUCUUCUUGGACUGUGCCAUCCCUGCGGCCUCCGCAAUGGAUUAGUUCACUGAGAUGGGCGCGAAUCCGACAGGUGUCUCGUGCCAUAAAAUGUUUUAUAUAUAUAUUUGCUACUGCUUGACAAAAACAAUCUCGGUCGACCAACAGCCUAUCGACCAAACGAUCUACCAGUCGACUAAUUGGGGUCAUCCCUACUUACAUCACCAGUUUACAUGGAGCAUGUCUGUGUGGACUGCAAGAAGAACUUCUGUGGCCGCUGCUCGGUGCAGCUGGAGCCGCCAUGCCCGCGCCUCUGCCACACAUGUCAGCGAUUUCACGGAACCCUCUUCGACCGCGCCCAGUUGAUGAGACUCAAGGUGCGGGAGCUGCGUGACUACCUCCACCUGCACGAGGUGCCCACCCAGACGUGCCGGGAAAAGGAGGAGCUGGUUGAGCUGGUCUUGGGCCAGCAGACCCCCAGCACCAGCAGAAGCAAUGAGACCGUGUCCUCCCAGCCCGGGGCUCACAACAAUGUCCCCUCCCCAGACACACCGUCUCCUCCCCAGACACAGGGCCCUACCAGCCCCGACACAUUGAGCCCAGAGCAGCCAGAACAAUCAGCCCCUGAGGCAGAAUCAGAGCAUAUCUCUGAUGAGGAAGAAGAGGAGGAGGAUGAGGAUGAAGAGUCAUCGGACAGCGAGGAGACCCUGAUGCCCGGCCGCAGAGCCUCUCUGUCUGACCUGAGCCGCGUGGAGGAUAUCGAGGGCCUGAGCGUGCGCCAGCUCAAGGAGAUCUUGGCCCGCAACUUUGUCAACUACAAAGGCUGCUGCGAGAAGUGGGAGCUGAUGGAGAGGGUCACCCGCCUCUACAACGACCAGAAGGACCUCCAGAACCUAGUUUCAAAUACAAAAAAUGAAGAAGACCCUGCAGCUCCCAAGAGCCAGGAGGAGAACCUCUGUCGGAUCUGCAUGGACUCUCCCAUUGACUGUGUGCUGCUGGAGUGUGGCCACAUGGUCACCUGCAGCAAGUGUGGCAAGCGCAUGAGCGAGUGCCCCAUCUGCAGACAGUACGUGGUACGGGCGGUGCACGUCUUCAGGUCCUGAUGCAUGGCCACAACGAGGGACACACUGGAUACCAAGGACAACAUGGCAUUGCUGCCACCACUGCUCAGAGAUGGCAUAUUUUACAUGAAUACACUCCUCUGGAAUGCACACUCUCACUCAUUCAAUCAGUCUUCCUCUUGCCGGCAUUCCAGAGAAAUAACCUGCCUCCUCUUUUCUGGGUUCUCUGUUUUUCUAUUCCAACUGAACCUAUUGUUUCUACACUUUCAGCAUUUUACAAGACCUCAAUAUUUCAGUACUAUAACUUUAUUGUUCAAAAGAGUUAGGUAUCAUGUAUUCACAUUGGUGCCAGUCAGACACCAAACUAUAUUGGCACUUUGCAUGGGAGGGCAGCAGUACCUUUUCAAAUUCUGAGGUUAUUGGGUAGAGAUCAUGUUUAUUUCAACCCCACACACAGGCAAGGUUAUAUUGCAUUUUUCUGUCUUUGCAUUUGUGUGCACGGGGAAACAACUGAGUUCCAUAGCUGAGAAACACAGGGCCUUACUAGAGAGGGCAUCGACUAACAAGCAAUGAAUAUAAAAAAACGUAUUUGUUCUGGCAAUGAAUGAAAUGCUGAAUCUUGGUAAGAGAGGGAACAUGUUAGGCUACUCUGUUAUGCAUAUCAAUAGCAAAACAGAGUGGCCAGAAUGGUGCUAUUUGACUAGUGAUUAACAACACUCGUAACAAAACAGAAUGGCCAAAAUGGUGCUAUUUGACCAAUGGAAGCAACACUCAGGGCCCCAUUUUGACAGUGCAAGUAAGCGGUGUGUGUCGAGACCAAAAUAUCCAAAACCGUUUAUUUCAAACCUUAUCGCCCCAAGCAAGGCUUGGAUAUGAACGUGCUAAUAUUUGAUGCAUGGAAUGCAGUAGUUGUGAAAUUGGUGCAUUAAGUGCAGCACGGAGUACUUGAAGUGGUAAGGUCUGUUUUGCGCCCUCCAAUUGUCACACUUAAAGUUCAGUACCUGCAAACCAGCUGUUCUGUUAAUUGGUUUUGUGGUCCAGAGAGCUAUCUUUAGGUUGCAGUGCACUUGCUAAGCAUAGAACCCAGGCCUUAUCUGUCUUAUUGGCGAUCCUUCAGACACAUCUGUGUGGUGGAUGAACAUAGCAUCUUAGGAGUGGAAACAGCCCUUUAAACACAAGAGUCUGCUUGUAGCUCACUGAAAGUACUUGAGGGUCAAGGAGGGGAUAAUGCUUGGCUUCAUUCGCCCUUUUAUGGUCAAAUUACCCUUUUAACUUGCAGAUAUUGUAUCAAAACUGGAACAGAACACGCAUUGACUUGACGUUAAUAGUUCUUUAAAUGAGCCACAAUGGGGAUCUUUUCUGAAAUGUAAACCCGACACAGUAGAUAUGCAGUUUCUUUUUUAUUCUCUGGGGGUCAUAAAUUGUUUGAAGUUGGUUCCAUGACCUUAGCCCAAAUGAGUUUUGGGGUAAAGAGAACUGACCUCGUUAGCAGAAUGUCUCCAUUCCAAGGCUCUCACCACCUCUCUCUUAUCAGCAAGUGCCCCAGAACAGAGUGCUCAUUAACUUAGCUGACGUAGUGCACUGAAUACACUCAUUUCCUAAUGACGAGUUGAUUAAAUGUAUCUACUAGUUAAAAAGAAAAAAUCAGUUUUCUGCGAAUUUACUUUGUUUGUGGGGGUGUUUUAAAAGCUAGAAUUGAUAAUUGAAACAAUAACAAAGAGCCACCCCGCCUCUGUUUCAGUAUAAAGCUGAGGGAUGGACAUGGAGAAAUGCAACCACUCUCAGAUUCAGAGACAGAGCUAAGGACUGACCAUCCAUGAUAUCAAAGUUCUAGUUUUAACCAUGUUUUAAGGCUAUACAGUGUUUGUUUAGAUUUACAUUGUUUAUACACAUUGAAGUAAAACAAGCUUAUAUUUUGGAUUCUCAUGGGGUAUGACAAGUUAAACUAAGCUCAUGAGGUAUUUAUACGUUAUAAUCUUCAAGAAUCAAUGGGUAUAUAUCAUUCAUUAAAUGGAUGUAGCAACUAAGGAUUCGAGCUUUAAGGAGGAUCUUGGUUCAUUCUAUUCCAACUCUAGGCAAUUCAGUAAAUGGAUUGAGAUUGAAUUUAUAUGAAAUUAGAGGCAAUUUUAUUACAGUGCAUUUCUCAAAUUACCUGGAAUUGAAAUGGUUUGGCAGCCCUCUGCAACUUUUUAUGGAACAUGUUUUAAAAUUAUAGAGAAACAUAAUGGUUUGCAUUUAAAUGGUCUUUCUACUGUAUAUCUUGUUUUAUAGCUAAUGAAUGUACCAUAAAACUGAUCAUGAGGAAAAUGCACUUAUACUAAUUAAUGUGUCUGUUUUAGGGAAUGCGUAUCCACUGGGAUAGACUCCGUUUAUCCCAGAUACUUGGUCUGCCUGAACUGAAUGUAACUGGUUUAAGUUGUUUACAAUAACAAAACCAUUUCUUACUGUGACUGCCAAAUUGCCAAUAUCGCAAAUAGAUUUUUCACUAGUCCGUUUGAUAUGUCUUUUGUCAAUAACUAUGCUAAUAUCAUGCAAGAACAAUAUGAAUCAUCUCAUGUAGUUUGUAGAGAGCAGGUGAAACAAGAUAUGUCAGUGUCGUGAGACUAGAUCUGGAUCUUUUCACAAACAUCUCGUCACCAUCUUGUUUUUAUCCUGGACAUCAGUUUAUACAAGCCAGGCCGUCAGUCAAGUCAGUUCUCUCUAAGGAGUGUUUUCUGUGCAUGUGAAAACGUGUGUAUACAUUUAGCGAAACCCAACCCAAGAUCUAAACAUUCCAAACAGUAGAAUGUACCUUAACAGAACACUCUUCAACAAAGAAAGCUAAUAUUUUCCACAUAUACUAUAGCCCAUGUACAUGUGUAAUGCUCCUUGAGGACCUGAUUUAAAGGCAAGGUCUGAUAGAGGUUCAGUGCAGAUGUGUUUGAUCUCUAUCAAAUAAUUUCCAGGUAACAAUUAAGUACCUGGAAAAAAACCUGAAAAAACGGAUUGUUUUCAUUUAAAAUUGUCUAAAAUAAAUAAAAAUAGCUUUUUAGCAAAGAGCAAUUUCUCAAGCAAGAAUUUUGCUAGGACUCUGGGAGAGGUAUGAGUGGGGAAGGGAAAACUGAAAAUGUUAUUAUUGGCAGAGGUUUGGAACUUAACUAAUUUACCCCAUGGUGAUGACACCAUGGAAGGCAAAAACUCCCACCAAAACAGGCUAAAACUUCAGGCGUUUUUUUCAGACAGCUCUUACACUAAAAGGGUUAUAAUUUUCACAAAGUAUUAUUCCAACCUCAUUGUGGAAAUGCGUAUACAUAAAACAAAGGAAUAUCAUGUUUUUGACUGCACUGGGCCUUUAAUAACAGUAUAUGAACUGUGUAGCAGAUAACUAAUUAGAAUAUUUCAAGAAAUGUCUUCUAAAUAUUGCCUUCUUCCUGAUGGUAUUUCAAUGGCUUUAAAAGGCACAAGAUAAAACCUUAAUGUCAUGCGUGUGUGGGAUGUUGGUGUCCCUAGUCUGCCACGAGAGUCCUGUAGUUCUUAUUGCUGUCUGAGGACCUAGAUAUUAAUAUCAAUUUGUUAUUGGUGACUUUAAAAUGGAGGUGUUUUGGUAUUUGGAAGACGAAUCAAUCUACUAUUGUGAAAUGUUGGACGUGUUUAGAAAAAUCUGACAAUCUAUCAUAUCUGUGAUUCUUUAACAGUGAGUUAUCGUUUUGGUAAAUGCCUUGCUAUGGAGAGUUGUGCUAAAGGUGAUUAACAACACCUCCACUAGUUAUUAGAUAAGAACAAGGAAAUUAGUCUGCACUAUCCCACCCCAGGGGGAAAAAGGGUCAUUAUUAGCAUAUGAAGUUCAACUUUAAUGGAAAGAUUUGCAUGUGUUUUUUUUGGGGGGGAAGGAAGACUGCUCUGACAAAAGGCAGUUUGAAAACACUUGGAAUGACUCAUAACUGUAUGUGUGGAGAAUUAUUUGUGUUUCGUAUACUCUGAUGAUUUAACUUUGUUCAACAACUGUGAAAUUGUAUAUAAUAAUCCCAUGCGACAGUAUCAUUUUAAAUAUUAUUGAGCGUGUUGUACAUUUGUCAAAUUACUAGCAUGGACUAUUGCCUUUGUUGUAGUUUAAAUAUGUAUUCAGUAGUAUUGGCUAAAUGAGCUAAAUGCUGGAUCAGUUCUUAACUACAAUGGAAGCUAAUAGGAUUUAUAAAUCAGAAAAACCUAUAUUUUUGAAAAUGUAUUAAACAUAUUGAUGUUCUUGUGCAUAUAUUUUGUUGGACGUUUUUUAUAUUGAUAAAAAUAUAAUAAAGUACCCCAACAGACUUAUAAACUCCA